AUGAUUGAAGAGGAGGCGCCGAGGGCAGAAGUGAAGAGGGCAGAUCGGCUGCAGGGGCAGAAAGUUGUUGUGGUGCUUGAGGAUGCCGUGCUGGAACUGGCAAAGGGCAGGGAGGGAUCACUCCAGCUGCUGGAAGGGCUGCAACACCGCAGGCUGCUACAGCAUGAGGAGAGAGACACCACAGAUGUGCGACCUGAUAUAGCGCAUCAGUGCCUAAUGGCCCUUCAGGAAUCGCCACUUAACAGAGCAGGACGGCUGUGUGUCUUCGUUCGAACUAGGGAUCGCCAGCUCAUCGAAGUGCACCCGCAGCUGAGGGUGCCUCCGACGUACGAGGAGUUCCGCAAGCUCAUGGUGAAUUUGCUGCAUACGCGGCGUAUUCGGGCCGUGGAAAAGAAUGUUACGCUUCUGCAAAUUAUCAAGAAUGAUCCGAAUCUUUUCCUGCCCGUCAGCUGCCGAAAGAUUGCCUUUUCAGCGAAAGGCCACCCUGUGGACCUCGAGGCGUUCGUGCAGCAAUUUAAAGAAACAAAGCACCCCGUUGUCUUCCUUGUAGGGGCGGUGGCGCACACUAAUCCAACUGCAAACAGUGAACUAGCCGAAGAGUGCGUCUCCAUUGCCCCUUGCGGUCUCAGCGCUGGGGUCUGCUGCAGCAGCAUUUGCGCGGAAUUCGAGAAUCUCUGGGACAUUCACUAG